AUGGCCGGUAUAUUGGCACAUACCCCAUUGGUUAAAACUCUAGUGUUAACCUUCUUAUUUACAGUUCGGCAUUUCAUUGAUCCUGUCACAGACUUUGUCGGCUCAUACCUCCCUCGUAAUGUGGAGAUCUUGGUUUUUCGUAUGCUGUAUGAUGGCAAGCCAAUGGAUCUGUCUCGUCUGGCAGGGCUUCUUGAUAAUGCCCCAUGGCUGGAUCCUGGUUGGCCAAAAUUCUUUGCACAAAUCCCACACAUCACUACUUUCACUGUACAAACUGCUCAGUAUAUGAUUUGGCCACCAAUCCAAAGACUAGAGUCAUCUUUUGUACAGUAUUGGCUGUCCAAUGCAGGUUCCUCUCUAACUACCGUGGAGUUGACUUAUGGAAACCGCAGCUUGGGGCUAUUUCUCCAAUUGGCACAUCGGGUUCUAAGUCCUGGAUUUGUUUUAGACCCGGAUGAUGAGUAUCUCCCACCAUUUGUUUGGAGCCGUUUCUUACACCAUGGUCAUGAGUGGUGCAGAGAUGUAGGAUGUUUGCCCAGUAUGGCCUUUGGCUCACCUCAUCUUGAUACAUUCUAUGGAUUCUUUGACUUAGUGCAAUAG